AUGCUCCGGGAUGCUGCCCCUCACAGUUUGCUCCUCACUGUGGCUGGGCUUUUUUGUGAUCUUGAUGUUCUCCAGCCCUUGACAGUGAAAUUUGUACCUUCUUGUGUCUCGCAAUCCGGCAAUGGCAAGUCUGGGCUGUCUGGUACCUGA